AUGCCCCCGUUCUGGAUCCCCCAAGCCAACCUCAACCACUCGGCCAGGGAGCAGGACUUAUUUAUCCAUUGCCUGGCCGAGUUAGGUGUGGGGUUGGCGGUCGCCGCAGAGCCAUACCGCGUCGCCGACCGCCCGAACUGGGUGGCCGACGCGUUGGGCUGCGUGGUGAUAGUGGGCGGCGACACCGCGGCCCUCCGCGUGUUCGCCCGCGGCGACGGGUUCGUCGGGGCGGAGUGCGGCGGCCUGGCCCUGAUCGGGGUCUACGCCCCUCCGAGUGCCCCCCUCGCGGCGUUCGAGUGGCUGCUGGACGGGGUCCGGGACGCAUUGUCCCGCUCUCCAGUAGCCCGAACGAUCGUGCUGGGCGACUUCAACGCCAAGUCCACGGCGUGGGGUGGCCCAGCAACGGCCGCGAGGCGUCGGGCGGUGCUGGA